AUGGCAGAGAUCGCGCACAUGUUUUUGUUCCUAUAUAAGUCCAAGUAUCGUCGGAAAGCUCAGUGGCGGCGAUCUCGUCGUGACGGCGGCAACGGCGACGACGACGACGACGACGACGAGGUCGCCGCGGUGCAAGACCCUCGACGGAGACGCGGCCAUGGCAGCGACGCCGGGGUCGCGGUGCCGUGGGCGACGUUCCUACCGUGGGCGGUGCUCGUCUGCUGCUGGGUGAUGCACGUAAGCGACGCCGCUUCGUCCUCCUCUUCGUCGCCGAUAGCGGAGGUGAGCUGCGACCUGGACACCUGCGUCAACGGCGACUGCGUCAAUGGCAGCUGCGUGUGUCGCGAGGGUUGGCAGGGCACGCACUGUCAGUUCUGCGGCGGGAAGGUCAGACUAUCAGAGAGAAGUGGCAUCAUCCACGACGGUUUCGGUAAUUAUACGGCGGACGUGAAGUGCUCCUGGCUGAUCGAGAGCAGCCCGAACACCAAGAUACGUAUGCACGUGGAGCAAUUCGCGACGGAAUGCGGCUGGGACCAUCUGUACAUCUACGACGGUGACAGCGUCGAAGCGCCGCUUCUGGCCGUCUUCUCCGGCCUGAUGCACAAGGACGGCUAUCACAUACGCCGCGUGCCGGAAGUAAUAGCGCGAUCCGGCAGCGUGUUGCUGCACUUUUAUUCCGACGUCGCGUAUAACAUGAGCGGCUUCAAUAUCACAUAUAAAAUCAACGCUUGUCCGAGCAGAUAUUCUCACAUUGACUGUUCCGACCAUGGAGUGUGCAUCGAAGGCACGUGUACCUGUGACGCCAUGUGGACUGGUGAAGCCUGCGAUGUGCAAGUAUGCCCGAACAAUUGCUCGGAUCCUCAGGGUAUUUGUGAUCGCGAGAGUCAUCACUGCCGCUGCAUUAACGGCUACAAAGGCGCAGACUGCAGUCAAAAGAGUGAUCAUGGAUUUUGGGAGAGUGUUACGUACAAGGAUUUGCCACCAAAUGGGUCAGCCAGUCACUGUUCUAUCGUCUGGAAAGAUUCUUUAUACGUGGUUGGCGGCGAGAGUUUCCACCGUGCCAAGAUGAUAUACGUGUAUGAUUAUAACGGCAAUGUCUGGGAGACGCCUCAUGUCGAGGGUCGUGCACCGUUGCCUCGUUACGCUCACUCGUGCGUACUCUUUGGCGACAAGAUAUUCAUGUAUGGCGGUGCCUUGCAAAACUCCACCAUGACCAACGAGAUCUGGGCAUUCGACGUAUCCGCCAAAGUCUGGGAGAACGUCACCGUGUAUAAUAGCUGUCAAAACAAUAAAACGAAUGUGAAUAGAAUGUGUGGACCUCUAAAGGUAGCUGGACACACUGCGACUUUGGUGAGUCACAACAAGAAAGAAAAGAUGGUUGUGAUAUUCGGUUUUUCGCCGCAAUAUGGUUACUUAAACACCGUCCAGGAGUACUAUUUAGCUACGCGCGAGUGGCAGAUUGUCAAAGCGAAGGGUUUCCCGGUGAAGGGCGGUUACGGUCACAGUUCCGCCUACGAUCCUCUCACGAAUCUCAUCUAUGUGUACGGCGGUUACGUGUCAGAGACGCACAGUACGCAAGAGUUGACCAACCUAAUGUAUUCGUAUAAUCCUCAUAAUUCGGAGUGGCGUCGGCUAACAUCAGCACCGUCGGCACGUUUCUUUCACACGGCCACCUUUAUUUACGGCGGAUUGAUGCUGGUGUUCGGCGGUAAUAUGCAUAAUGAUACGCAGCAGUCGCACGGUGCGCAAUGUUAUUCGGCCGACACGCUUGGCUACGACGUUUUGUGCGACACCUGGCAUCAAUAUAUUAUGCCUGAGGACAUGAGCGAUCUUCCGCGAUUCGGUCAUAGUGCAACGGUUUUCGAGAAGUCGAUAUACAUCUACGGCGGUUUUGAUGGUGAAAUGCUCUCUGACAUGUUGAGAUAUACUCCGGGCAAUUGCGAACAUCUGACGAAUCAGAAUCAGUGCCUGAACGCCAGGAUAGGCGUGAAAUGCGUGUGGCACAAAAAAGACGGCCAAUGCCAGCCGACCACGAGGCAUAUGCUUAAGAAAUAUCAAGACGAUGAUACUUACAUGAAAUGUUUAGACGACGCGCCACCGCGUGGUAUGACUUCGCACGAGGAGCUCUGUAAGCUCUUCAACGACUGCACAUCUUGCAUGCAUACUUCGUAUAAUUGCAUUUGGUGUGGCAAGGGUUGCUUAUAUGAGAAAUGUCGGGAUCAUCCUAAUUCGCCGAAUUCGAAGCCUAUUAUGGACCCACAGCAGUGCGAUUCGAGUGGCACCGAAUGCCAUCGACUACAUACAUGCCACGCUUGCGUAACCAAUUCGCGUUGUUAUUGGUCUUGGUCCAACGGGCCUGACCGGUGUAAGCUGCAACGAGAAAAUUCUAUGAUGUCUCCCAACGGCUCAUACACAUCAGCAGUCACAUCAUCAAGCACGACGGAUAUGUGUCGCUAUAAUGCGUGCAUAGAGUACACAACAUGUCGCAAUUGCACGGAAGGCGAUUGCAUCUGGUGUCAAAAUGAGGCAAGAUGUGUAGACAAGAAUGCAUAUCCGGCCAGUUUUCCCUACGGACAAUGUCGCGAAUGGACUACUAUAGAAGCUAGGUGUCGUCCCACAGAGACUGGCAAGGAUUGGUGCAAUUUCUAUUCAUCGUGCGCAGCUUGUCGUUCAGAUCCUGGAUGCGGCUGGUGCGACGAUGGAUCGGGUACUGGAAAAGGCGUAUGUUUACCUGGCGGAGCCAGUGGUCCAAGCAGCAAGAGUUUGGAAACGUGUCCGUUUGAACACUGGUACUUCACGAAAUGUCCGACCUGUCAAUGCAACGGGCAUAGUAAGUGUCUUCCAAAUAGCAGCGUCUGCAUUCAACCGUGUGGGAACUUGACUUAUGGACCACAUUGUGAUAAAUGUAUCUCUGGUUAUUAUGGCAGUCCACUCAAUGGAGCAACGUGUCAACCUUGCUCCUGCAACAAUCAAGGCACGCAAUGCACAAGCGAAACCGGCAAAUGUUUUUGCACGACCAAAGGCAUUAUUGGCGAUCACUGCGAACGUUGUGACGUGUCCGGUCUUUAUAACGGAGAUCCUACGAAUAAAGGAUCUUGUUUUUAUGACUUGGCUAUUGAUUAUCAAUUUACAUUUAACUUAAGCAAGAAAGAAGAUCGUCACUAUCGGGCCAUUAACUUCAAAAACUCACCACCGAAAGCCGAUAUCGAUGCCGAAUUCUCCAUCACGUGUUCCGUACUUGCUAAGAUGAAUAUUACCAUCAAAAAAGUAAACAGUCCGGAAAAACCGCUGUUACUCGGCGUAAAUUGCACGACGAGCAUGUACAAACACCGUUUUAGCAAGGCGGAUUACAAUUUUGGCAGUGAAGAUAAUAAUACUUUCACCACAUUCUAUGUAUACGUUUAUGACUUUCAACCGCCAGUGUGGAUUCAGAUCUCAUUCUCUCAGUACUCCAAAUUGAAUUUGCAACAAUUUUUCAUUACAUUCUGCACAGAUUACAUGCCAUCACACAGGUGCUUUCUCGCUCUGCUAUUGGUAGCCGCCGUUCUGUGGAAGAUUAAACAGAAAUUCGAUAUGUAUCGACGAAGACAACGGCUCUUUCUAGAAAUGGAACAGAUGGCCAGUAGGGCUUUCAGUCAAGUUGUAGUAGAGAUUGAGAGACGCGACAUUGAUAGCACAGAUCUAGAACACGGUGAUACCGAUUUUAGCAACUCUCGUAAAAAGAAGAAGGAUGCUCCUAGUCCGAUUGCACUGGAGCCUUGUUGUGGCAACAGAGCGGCAGUCUUGUCUCUACUAGUCAGAAUGCCGACUGGUGGUGAGCCUUACACACCAGCCGGACAGAGCGCCGGUUUAGCCGUCGCGUCCGCUUUGGUGACAUUGGGCAGCCAACGUAGACCGUCUCAAGAGCUAACGACGAAGGAGCCGAAAAAGACGAGGAAGUCCGCCAGUCAACAUCCGGAUUCCACUUGUAUUUAACGAUAAAAUAGCAGAGGUAUCAGAGAUAAUGAGAUGUGACAUGAGCCUUAGAGUUGUUUCUGUGAUCUUGCUCGCGCUUAAUACGGCAGAACUUUUAUCUUUGAACUCUGACAGAGUGAAGAAGUGCGAACAAUGAUCGCGCUGAAAUUGAGGCGAUAAAAUACGUGAGAAUUUUAUUCGUCGAUCUUACACGUGCAACUGAUUGGUGAAUCAAACGAUUCAGUUAUCUUAUCUAAAGAGUUGGUUGAACGUUUAAUAUUAAAUAUAGACGCGCGUAUUUCCUUAUCGAGUAGAAGGAAACGCCUUUGGUAGAGGAGUGAAUGGACUGCUCCAAUCGUCUACGUCCGUUAAUCACAGUAAGUAAUACGUUUUGUUUAGAAUUGAAGUGUAUUGUAUUGAUAUCUUCCCAAAAGGAGAUGCUCGCAUUGAUUAUUCGGCUGAAAUACGAGUUCUCUUUAUGAAUCUCGCUUAACAAUGUACAGUUGUAUAUAUAGAUAAUUAGGCGAUCUACAUUUUUCUUAAAUGAUGUGUUUGCUCGUGUGGAUAAACUGGCCUCGUGCACAUUUGAAAAACUUUUAUCCGCUGCUUUUUUUUUACGAAUUUAUUCAUUCAUAAUCAAAAGAGAAUGUGCAAAUUUAAUCCUUCCAAAUAUAAGAAAU